CAGGAUGAGGAGUCAAGUAGUGAUGAAAGUAGUGACAAAUCUUCAAAUCAUGAAGUGGUGCGAGGUGAUUCAGAUGAAGAAAUUGUGGAAGAGGAAUCAGCCAAUACCAAUGUGAACAAAUCUGACCAGUCUAAAAAGGAAAAGGGUCCAAGCAAAGCGAGGAUUAAAAAAGAAUGCCCAGUACCCUACUGUCAUAAGAUUGUUGUUCACCUGCCAAGGCAUUUGCUAAAAGUGCAUGAUUGGCCGAAACAUCAAGCUCGUGCUGCAGUAUUGCGGUUUAAUUUACGUAAGAAAUAUUCCUUUUCAACUGCAGAGAGUGCAGCUGCUGGCAAUAGGAAAGGGAAAACAAACGCUGAUGAGCACGGGCAAAAGAAGUGCAACAAGGAUUACCACAAAAAGAGAUGUUGUCCAGUGGUAGGGUGUUCUGCAGUGGUCAAAAGGUUACCUGCACAUUUGCAAACUGUUCAUGGUUUCAGUCCAAAGUCAUCAAAGUACAAGGCCUUGUUAAGUAAAGCUCUUCCACAACCCAAAAGGCCCUAUUCAGUUCAGAUGAUUGAAAAGAGAGCUGCUGCUAUCAAGAAAAUUGAAUUAGAACCACCUAUGCCUGAUAUACCUGUAGUGGAUACUGUGAGAAAUGAUGAAGAUGAAGAAAUGGACUUGGAAGAUUUUGAACAAACUGAGACUUCAAGCACAUGGGAUGAUGUGAUUUUAAUUGAAGAUGAUGUGGAUAGCAGUGACAUUCCUGACCCUGAAGUGUUAGCCCCGCUUGCCAAUUGGUUACAAUCACCGGAUGGAGGUAAAAAGAUGAGAAAACAGCGAAACAACAUGUGUCACAGAUAAAAAACAUUUUAUCUCUGAUUGAUGCUGAAAGAAGGGUAGUGUCGCCGAUGGCUCCCUACUGAAUGACAAAUUCAUAAAGUAUGCGGAACAGAAGUACGUCCCUCAAACAAUCAAAUCGUCCCUCAUGAGCCUGCGUCAUUUCUACAGCUAUGUUUUAGCUGAAAAGCCAGUAAUUGAUGCCACAACCGAGCUGGUUACUCAGAUGAUGGAAAAGGUAAAGAGAUGGUCUUCUUCCUACAAGAGAUCUAGCCAGAAAAGAAAGUGGGAAAAGAUGGAAGAAGACAGGGUUGAACUUGUUACACCUGAAAAAAUCCAGCAGUUUGAAAGAAGUCAGGCUGCCAGGGAUGCUGUCAUUUUGCUGGGAAAAUUGAGUGGAGCACACAGCAUUGAGAUCACCCAAAGUCAGUAUACUCUUGUGAGGGACUUUCUUCUAGUGCAAAUUUCGAUCGACAAUGCAAACCGGGCAGGAGUGCUGUCAAACAUGACUGUGAAAAGAAUUUGA